AUGAUCAUGGAUUUGGUCGCCGUGAGAUGUGCCAAAUGCGAUUCCAAAUUGGGCAACCUCGCCAAUUUAUGGACACAGAUAGGCAAAAAAUACAUAACGCCAGUGGCACACGCUGAGGAAAAGGCCGAUGCGGACAAGAUCUCGGCAACGGGCGCUGUUCGGAUUGGCGAUGCAGACACUCUAGUUGAGGGCUGGCUUCGAUUGCUAAUCAAGAUUGUCCUCCGGCAUAGCGAGCUCCGAGAUGCCGAAUGUUCAGCAUGUCAUACAAACAUUGGACAGAAGUGCAUAACAAGCCCUCCGAAUCAUAUAUUUGCCAAUGGGCAAAUCAUAUAUCGUAUCACAUCCAUAUCUCUUAAAUCAGCCAAAGACCUCAGGCGUAAGGCUGAACCCAAGAUACAACGCACUCUCCCGCUUAGAGGCCAGUCAGCUGCAGCUCAAGCGAAGCUCUCCACCGCAAGCGGCAAGGCAGCGCCUCAGAAUGAAACGACUCCCAGUCGAGAUAGAUUCGACAUCAUGCAGAUCCAAGCAGAUUUGGAAGUCCAGCAGGAUGAGAUUCAGCGAAUUGGCGUUGCUGGAUUUCAGGUCAUGUCCAAUUUUGACAGUACUGUUGCGCGCCUUGAAAAGCAGAUGCGGCAACUCAGCGAGUCCAUCGCAAGCGUUCGAAGAGACGGAGAAGGGCAGCAGGCAGACAUCAAGUCCCUCAAGACACAGAUGAGCGACGCCAAGCGGAGUGGCCAGAACGAUGGCGGCGUUGUUGCUCGCUUGGACCAGCAGCUUCAGACUACGGAUAGAGUGGUCACUGAACUUCGGCAAAUGAUACAGAAAUCCAAAUCAGACGCCACUGGCCUGCGUAGCGAGCUGAAAGCUGCGCAAAAGGAAAUCACAGAGGUGAAAAAGGCAAACGCCCGCCUCAAGCAAGAAGCCGAUGAGGCGAAACAGGUGGCACAGGAAGGUGUAGCCACGUCCAAACUGUAUGCGUCUGAAGUAGCAUCUUUAAGGAGAGAGAUUGCACAGUUGCGGUCUGAUCUUGCGCAAGAGAACGACCACCAUCACUCGUCGGCGGGCGAAGAUCCCUCGAUCUCGUCCCAUCAGCUGGACAUCCUCGCUAGCAACAUAUCCAAGAUUGGAAAUCGAGCAAGCCAAGUAGAGUCCUUGCAGAUGGAGUUUGACCUCUUCAGAACUCGGAUACAGCGGUUAGAAACUCGAAUGACAAACAGCACGCCCAACCCCAGCAGAAAGGAUGUUCGAUCAGUUGGAGAAUACGGUUCCGUAAAUGAGCAAGGCAGCCAGUCUCACUAUGGAACGGCCACGCGACAGAAGCGAUCAACCAUAAGUAGAGAUGACAGCCUCCUAAUGAACACUACAUCUGCGAAGAGAGUGGCACUCUCGUCGGAUUACCCGAGCCUUGCCAAUGCUAGCUAUAUUAGCAAUGGCGAGCAGCAGCAAUCGUCUCCCGGGGCCAUGGCUUUGGUAGAGACUCCUGUCCAGCGGCGAACUACAGCCACAGCAAACAAAAGUACUGUAAGGCGCGGGAGAUGGGGCGCCAAAACAUGA